CUGAAACCCUAAAAAAUCAAAUCGUCAAACAACGAUUCAUCUGCGCAUGCAAAUCGUUUAACUUACCGCGCGCCAUUCACUGCCAAACCUCUUGCUAAACUCAGUCGCCAAACACUCGCCGCCGGACCUCCCACUCGAUUUCAGGGAGUUAGUUCGAGAAUCGCCAGCCACUCACUCACCAUUGGACCUCCUGCAGAUCGCGUCAUCUCAGUCACCGAGCUAGUCCUCGCUCCUUCCACUUGUGAGGGAGAAUGAACUUUUUUCUUCUGUUGAGUCCCCCUUCAAUUGAUAAGCUGCAUCCGUAGCCGUCCCUCUUGGCGGAACAGAAGAAGAAUCAAUCAAUCUUCUCUAGUCUCGAUUCUCGAAUCACAUUUGAGGCUGAAAAUAGGAUUUGAACUUGGCAAGGAAAAAUGCUCAGAGCAACGCGUCUUCAAUCUCCAGCAGCAGCAACAGUCUCUGCUCUCAGACCUUCUCUCGUUCCGUUCCUAUCCUUCACUUCCCUCCAUUGUUGUUCUCACCUUGGUAAACUCGGUGCCUCUCCCCCUCCACUCUUAAACCCUUUGUGCAGAAGAACACUUACUUCUCGACCUUCUCUUGCCUUCAAUCGGGCCCCUUUCUCCAUGCCUAUGGUGCCGGGUCAUCCACACCCCAGAGCUUUAUCGAGUCCUGCAAGUGGCUCCGGAGUUGAAAGGGAAUUACUGGUACAACACUUGCUUGUCAAAGAAGGUGAUGCCAAUCUUCUGGUUGACAUUCAGCGGAGAAUUACAAGAGGAGAGGAUUUGGGCGACCUUGCCGUGGAGUACUCAAUUUGUCCUUCCAAACAAGAGGGAGGAUUGCUUGGAUGGGUAAAAAAGGGGCAAAUGGUCCCCGAAUUUGAGGAAGCUGCAUUUACUGCCCCUCUAAACAAAGUUGUGAGAUGUAAAACUCAAUUUGGAUGGCAUUUGCUGCAAGUUCUCUCUGAGAGAGAAGAAUGUGUGCUUCGUGAGAUUCAACCGAAGGACUUUCAUGUAAAAUUCCAAGAUCCAACGUUUCUUGAGGAGGUUCAGUUGAUUGAUGUCCGAGAACCUGAUGAAGUGGCCAAAGCAUCAUUGCCAAGUUUUGAAGUUUUUCCACUUCGUCAGUUUGGAACUUGGGGUCCUGAAAUAACAACCAAGCUUGAUCCGCAGAAGGACACAUAUGUUAUGUGCCAUCAUGGGAUGCGGUCAUUACAGGUAGCAAAAUGGCUGCAGAGUCAGGGAUUCCAGAGGGUGUUCAACUUGGCGGGAGGAAUACAUGCAUAUGCAACUACGGUUGACCCAACGGUUCCCACAUACUAAUGAUUUUUAUGCUAUUAAUAUAAUAAUGUAAAUUAAUUGAAGUAUUAGGCCCCAAUAAAUUAUCCUCUUCGGCCGAAUAGCUCCAUCGCCUGGCGACGAUGAUGAAAUUGCUGGAACAAUACAACCACCUGAAAGCCCUAACAUUUCAAUCGAGAUUCAUCACCAACUCUCCUGUUUUGCAGCGUUCAACGGUACCAGCAUUAGCUGCCACGGUGACAUUCCCCGACGAAAAACCAACGCUCACAGAUGAAGAAAUAACCAAAAUCAACCUCCUAAUCCCGCGCCUAUGCCUCUCGAACACGAACCACCUCCCCACAGCAAUCCAGCUAAUGACAACAGCUCUCCUUACAAACCCACCUCUCCAAUCCCUCUCUUUAUCCAUUUUCAUUCACUCCCUAACCUCAGAACCCGACAUGGCUAAACCCAUGUCAGUCCUCACCGUCCUAAGGCACAACCCAAGUGCCCAUGCACAUCUAAGUCCCACCGCUUCCAUGCUCGUCUCUUCCUAUAUGAGAAGGAAGCGCCCCAAAGAGGCAUUGAAAGUGUACCAUUGGAUGCUUAGGCCUGGCUCUGCUUGUAAAGUAGGAAAGGAUGUGUACGGGGUUUUGGUUUAUGGGUUUUGCAACCUGGGUUUGGUUCUUGAUUCCUUGAAGGUUUUGAGGGACAUGGUGGAUGAGGGGUUGCUACCUGGGAAUGGAUUGAGAAGGAUUGUUAAAAGGAGUCUGUUGUGGGAAGCCAGAGUUUGUGAGGCAGUUGAGCUAGACACAGCCUUGAGUGCUUGCUACACUGAAGGAGCUGCUGGCGAAUUUUAUACGAAACUACUGAACUUGUUAGAUUCCUUGAUUGGGAAUUGGAGGGAGCAGGAAAAGGAGUAACAUGGCUCAUUCUUGCCUAACAGUUGUGAGGCUUUCAGGAUACAGUGAAGUGGCGAAUUAGCACAAUUUCACAUCGAAGUGGAUAGUCCGGCGUACCAAGUGUAGCAUCGCUGCAGGCAACGAAAGGAGGAGCAGUUCGACCUUGAUCUGAUGUGAAAAUCCAUAGUUUUAUGUUGUCUUUGAAUUGAUGCUUGCCGGCUGAGUAAAAGCUAGAAGAGCAGCACAACAUCUGGUACGGGAAGGGAGUUUCGGUUCCCCUUUUUGUGCAUGACCCGCAACUCUUUAAUGUUGUUCUAUUCCAAAUUGUUCCCGUGAAUGAUUCUUUUUUCUUGCCGAACACCAAAAUGGAAUCAUGUACCCAAACCGUAUAUAUAAACUCAUUCUCAGCUUGUCGAACACCAAAAUGGAAUUACUUGCAAUGCACUAAAAUCUGAUGAUCCUAAUAGGUUCAGUGUCCCAUAAAUAUUUCUUCACACCCAUAUACAAUUCCCC